AUGACGCAAGCUCAAUUUGCGGUUCAUAGCGGUUUAUACUUGCAGGAGGAGAUCGCUACUGACAUAUGUACGCAGGGGCUAGUAGUGGUUAAUAGACCCACUCUUUUAGGAUUUUGGCAGGUGGAUGCGGAGACAGGCGCGAUUGCUUUGAAUUCGGCUUCAAGAGGAUAUGAAACGCCAGUUGAGCACAGAAGGGAACCGCCAUCACCACCAACCCCCACAACUCAACCACCAACACUAGCCACCAUCAUCUCCCUCACUCCCUCUCUCUACCUUUUGCCCACCACCAUCAGACCCCUCCACCACCAGACCUCUCCACGACCAGACACCGCCACCAGCUUCACCACCACAAUUAGACACCACCCCUACCCACCAACCCUCGCCACCACCGCCAUUACCAUCCCUACCCACCAGCCCCCGUCGCCGCCGCCGCCACCACCACCACCACCACCAUCAAGUCUGGGGUUUCGUGAUAACGACCAAGAGACGAAAUGA